CGUUGCUGCAACUGCCUUGCGCCAGGUCCAUCUAAGCUUCACUGCAGUUAAGGUACCCCGGUCCGAACUCAUCAUUGGCUCAUCUUUAGCCUCACUAUCACUUUCGCCGCCCAUCUCGACUUCAAUACUUUGAUUCAUCAUACACACUAUCUAUAAUACACUAUCUUUCCAUUGAGAACGGCCGACUCAUCACACGAAACCCUACCACCCCCGAGACAACCUUCUCAUACGACACAUAGGGCCGUAAUCACACUCCAAGAGGAGCCCUAGCAACCAUGGCGCUCGACAACUACUACCACAACAAAAUCGAGGCGAUGAAGCUCGAGAUCCUCAAGGGUCAAGCAGUCCUCCGACGUCUCGAAGCCCAACGAAACGACUACAACUCUAGGGUACGUCUGCUACGAGAAGAGCUAGGGCUAUUACAGCAACCUGGAUCGUACGUCGGCGAGGUAGUCAAAGUGAUGGGAACGAAGAAGGUAUUGGUUAAGGUACAUCCCGAAGGCAAAUAUGUUGUCGACGUUUCCGACUCCGUAGAUAUAGCCAAGCUUACCGUAGGCAAACGAGUAACCCUUCUAUCCGAUUCGUACAAACUCGAGAAGAUCCUCCCGUCCUCCGUCGACCCGCUCGUAUCUCUCAUGAUGGUAGAGAAGGUGCCCGACAGCACAUACGACAUGAUCGGUGGUCUAGACCAACAAAUCAAGGAAAUCAAGGAAGUUAUCGAACUAGGAUUGAAGCACCCCGAACUCUUCGAAUCCCUUGGUAUCGCCCAACCGAAGGGUGUGCUUUUGUACGGACCCCCGGGAACGGGAAAGACAUUGCUGGCUCGAGCUGUCGCGCAUCAUACCGACUGCAAGUUCAUCCGAGUGUCUGGUUCGGAAUUGGUGCAGAAGUACAUUGGUGAGGGUUCUCGUAUGGUUCGUGAGCUAUUCGUCAUGGCUCGAGAGCAUGCUCCCUCAAUUAUCUUUAUGGACGAAAUCGAUUCUAUCGGUUCAUCCCGAGUAGAAGGUUCAUCAGGCGGUGAUUCUGAAGUGCAACGGACAAUGUUGGAACUUCUCAACCAGCUGGACGGUUUCGAGCCAACCAAGAACAUCAAAGUCAUCAUGGCCACAAAUCGACUCGAUAUUCUAGAUCCCGCCUUACUCCGACCCGGUCGUAUCGACCGAAAGAUCGAGUUCCCUCCCCCAUCAGUCGAGGCCCGAGCCGAUAUCUUGCGCAUCCACAGCCGUAAGAUGAACUUGACAAGAGGAAUCAACCUAACCAAGAUCGCCGAGAAGAUGAACGGUUGCUCUGGUGCUGAGUUAAAGGGUGUGUGUACCGAAGCUGGUAUGUACGCUCUGCGUGAGCGAAGAGUGCACGUCACCCAGGAGGACUUCGAGUUAGCUACAGCCAAGAUUCUCAACAAGCACGAUGACAAGGAGGUCUCGCUCCAGAAGUUCUGGAAAUAAACUGGCACGCAUAUUACGGAGUACGAUGUUCUAUGCUACGGUAUGCUACGGCUAUACUACGAAUCUGGGCGUGGCAUCGAGGUGGAUCAGGUGAUGACAUGGCUACAAAGCCAAAAAUACUAUUUUGUAAACUGUACAAUACCUAGUCCUAGAGAAGCAAGACGGGGCGAGGCUUUUACGUCAAUAGGGUCUUGCUACUAUCAAUUUCGAGAUAAAAAGUAAUAUGCAGGCGUUGCUUAAACAUGGUUAUCAUUAAUGUUUCCUGGCCUAAAUCCCAUGUAGUGAUAUAACAUAACUGCACUA